UCUAAUCCCCUGAUCCAGCUUCUUCGGGAACUCCCAUUUCCCCCAUUCAUCUAUCCCACCAAAGAUUAGAUUUUUAUUGGUUUUUCUUGUUUUCCUAGAUAUCAAACACACUUUUGCCAAAAAGACUUCGAUUUUUUAACGGUACGGGGAUCGGUGCCUCAUUAAAAAAAAAAAAAAAAAUCAUUUUUUGAUCUGAAAAUUUUUCUCCCAAUGAAGAUGGAGUCCAUGAGAGGACAAGGUGGUGUCCAUAUGCUACUGACUGCAGAGCAAGAGGCUCAACAGAUCAUCUCUAGCGCAAGAAAUAUGAAAUUGGCAAGAUUGAAGCAAGCAAAGGAUGAAGCUCAAAGGGAAGCCGCUGCUUAUCGUACCUCAUUAGAGGAAGAACAUCAAAGAAGAAUUUCUGAGAGAAGUGGCAGCUCUGAUUCAAAUGUGAAAAGGCUUGAGGAGGAAACCGAGGUCAAGAUCAAGCGGUUGAAGGAUGCAUCCUCGAGUGUUCGUUCAGAAGUUGUUGGCAUGCUCAUGAAGCAUAUCACAACCAUUAAAAUUUAGAAGAUGACACAAUGGAAUAGCUUCGUGAAGGUAGCUGGAUAAAUUUUUCUGGGUGUGUUAUUCUUAAUGAUGUUAUUGUUCACCAUUUGUUUUGAUCUAUGGUAGCACUGUAAUUUUUUUUAAAAAAAAACACAUAAAUAUGACUGGACAUGUUUUCAACAUGGAUGUACCAGAAGCUACAUAAUAUGUAUGCUCGAGCUAUUCCUUGGAGAUAA